UGGAGUGGACUUUGAUCCCACCAUUACGUCGCACACAUGAGCUACACACUCUAAACUAACGUGCAAUCUGCUAAAGGUUUAUCUAAGAUUCAGGAGAAAAGGGUUUUUCAGGGCUGUGGAAUAUCAGAAUGAAGCUCUGGUCAUCACAACAUGUUUUCCAACAUUGUUGGGAAAAGGUUACCCAAGCAGCAUGGCGGAAGUACCCAAACGAACUUAACCCAGGUGUCAAAACUAUAGACAUACUCGACAGAUAUGUUGACAGCGAAGGAAAACUACAUACUAAGCGUUUAAUAGGCACAGAUGGUUUUUUACCUGGCUGGGUAAAUAGAAUGUUUGGUUUAGAUGACUUGGCUUAUGCAGUAGAGGAAUCUGUGGUGGAUCCCAAUAACAAGACCAUGUCAUUACACAGUAAAAAUUGGUCGUUGUCAAAUUGGUGUACAGUAGAGGAAACAUUAGUGUAUUCUCAACAUCCUGAAAAAACAGAUGUAACGAAUCUCGAUCAAGAAGCUGUAAUCAAAGUCUUCGGAAUCAGUUUUGGAGAUCACUUUGAGAGCUUGAUCAAGAAUGCUAUGGCUAAUAAUGCUGGAAAGGGAAGACAAGCAAUGGAGAAUGUUAUUGCUAUAAUUAACAAAGAGGUUCAAGAUAUUGCAACAAACUUGGAACAAGCUACAGUACGGAUCAACUCAGAGUUAGAGCAAGCAAAACAAGGACUUGAACAAGCAGCUAGAUUACCUCAGGCUAUGUGUGAAGGGAAAUCAUGAUAGUUGUGGUACAGCAAAGCAAUAAUCUGGUAAUAAUAUAAGGGUGGUUAAUAAUGGUAAUACCAUCAAUGCAUUGAUGGAAACAUUGCAUUGGAGUGGCUGAUACUGGUCAAGGAAAUGGAUCAAGGAAGAUGAAAGAAAAAACAAGGAAAAUGUGAAGGUCAAGGAAUGUAGAAGAUAGAAAUGUGAAGAUAUGGGUGUGAUGGAAUCUUGCACAAGAUGAAUUUGGUUGGAAAAUCUUGAUUUCAACAUACCCAAGAUUUCCCAUAAGAUGUCAAAUUGAACGUCAGUUAAAUUGGUUUAGUAAGAACCUUUCAUUAUCAGUUCAUUGACGAGGUUGAAGUUUGAAAGAAGGAUAUUAAACAAAUAAAUUUAAAACUUAGUCAGCUUGUA